AUGAAAGUCUUGAAAAUUGUAUCAAUUUGCACAAUUGCUCUAGCAUCUUAACUAUCAAAUGCUCAACUACUGUUACCUAAUGGAGCUGAGCUUUAGGGGCUUUUGAAUUAUGCAGUCCACAACCCCUAAGUCGUCUAUUAUCCUAAUGUUGAGAAAACUCAUUAUAAAAAUAGUGGAACCAUCCCUCGUAUUGCUCCUUAAGAGAAAUACAGUCAUACUACAAUAAUUGAGACUCCAAUGGUAAUGGGACCUAGUCCUGGUGAUACCAUUGGAAAAAUCAAGUCAGCAGUUGACACCGCUUUGCUUAGGCAAUGGAACUAUGAUCAGAGUAGAUUCCUUGGAGACCUUAAAAGCGAAUGCAUUAGAACUCAGGUCAUGAUGAUUUCUGCCAACAAGCUUGUCUCAGUUUUCUCUCAAAGAUUUGAAAAGAUAGUUGCUUCAAAUACUGCAGUGAUUAACUCUGAUCAAUAUCUCAAACUCUUAGUAAACAAGAUUAGAACUCUGGUUAAACAGUCUAAUGCUGUUAUUUCAGUUCAGACUCCUAUUAUGAUUAAUAACUAUCCCAUAUAAUUCAGACCUUAGUAUGGAAAUAUCAUCCCAGCCUAUGAUUAUUGA